CUUGUCUUCAUCACAGUCAUCAGUAUCAUCACCUGUCCUGUCACUACUGUUUUGAAUGCACUGAUCAUAGUGGCUGUGAAAACUAAAAACCAAGUGAGAACCAAGUCUAACAUUGCUCUUGCUUGUUUGUCUUCUACUGAUGCGGUUAUGGGAGUGAUCGGUCUGCCCCUUUUUAGCUCUUGGCUAAUCGUAGAACUGCAAGGAAACACCUUCGGUAUGCAUUGUGAGCUGAUAGGUUUUACAAGAACAUCCUUGAGAUUGUUGACCAUCGCAUCAUUGUUGCACCUGGCUAUCGUAAACGUAGAGCGGUACAUUGCGAUCAAACAUUCACUGCGCUACGAAAUCAUAGUCACUGAAGCUCGUUUGAUUGGUGUUUCUGCUCUCCUGUGGACCAUAACCCUGCUUUUAACGUUUCUCCCUGGCAAUAAUUAUGUUCAAUAUGACAUUGGCCUAACAUCCCUAUGCAUUGCCUCUAUCUUCUCUUGUCAAGUUGUGCUUUAUUACGAAACACGACGCCACGAGAAAAAAAUAGCUCUUCAGCAAGUCUCGGUGGAAGCCAGAGAGAAGUUCUUAAGAGAGAAGAAAGCUUUGAAACAAACAACAACUGUAAUUUUUUUCUUAAUAAUUUGUUAUUUGCCUAUAAUAAUUUCUCGGGUGUUUAUUUCAACCUUCGCUGUAUUGAAUUCGGUAAAUUCAGUAUACUUUGUUCAUUUUACGGGCGUCUUUUUCGUAAUUUCCAAUUCUCUUCUUAACCCAAUUAUACAUUGCGUUCGAAUGAAGAAGUUUCGACUUGCCUUAAAGGAAUUAGUAUUUAGCAAAGGCAAUAUACAGGCUGCAAAUUAG